UGUUUGUCCAAGUUUUAACCGUCGCCAUCGCGUUCGACAAUGGCCUGCAAAAUGGUGAACAUCAUUCCCAUUUUUUUAAUUUUGCUCUCGACGCUUUUGAGUUCCAGUCAUGGAAAUGCCGUCGAGUCUCCUCUUUGUGGAGGACGAGUUUUUGUCGAGAAUACGGUCGUGAUUGAAGCUCCAGUUCACGAACAUUGUUACUGGGAUAUUCAAACGCAAGACGACCGUAUCCUCGUCAUCACCGCGCUCAACGGAAACCUCAAAGAAGCUCAAGAUUUUCUAGCUAUUCACGACGGAUCCAGCAAAGAGUCGCCCAUUCUUCUCGUAGAGAAUCAAAGGAUGCACGAGGUUUCAAGAAAAGAUAUGCCAGAGGCCGUGUACACGACACAGUCAACGGCGAGCAUCCGAUUCAAAAAGGCGCCAACUUCAAAUUUACAGCUCAAAAUUCAAAAGGCAGUCGAUUGCCCCUUUAAUCUUGGAACGGCGAGCCAAUGCGGACGAGUCAUCGACGACGUUUCGUGCUACUGCGCUAGUUUCACCGAAAGAAGUCAAACGGACCAGAGGGUAUAUUGCUACAAUCACAAUAUGAAAUUGCUGUCGCUGGAAACGUUCGAGAAAGAGCAAGCCAUUCACGCCGCCUGGGGCUAUGGGGCCCGUUUUUGGACUUCUCUGACCGAUGCGAUAUACGAAGGGACUUGGUAUUGGGAAAGCACCGACACGGCAUUGCUUCCUGGUUAUUCGCAUUGGUGUUACAGGAAGCCCGACGACGCUGGACUCUUCGGCGGUGAAGACUGCAUGAUAAUCAAUUACGAAUCGGAUGGAUGCUGGAACGACGCCAACUGCGACAACGACAAGUUCGAUGCUAUCUGCCAAGCCCUUCCUUAGCUCUAUGGAUAUUUU